GGGAGAGAGAGUGCGACCAAAAACGAUUUCUCUCCCACACGCACAGGGAGACAGAUCGCUCUCUCUCUCUUGCAGUAGAGUGCUGGUGGCUGCUCUGGAGUCUCUAUUUCCUCACCUCCUCUGGAGGAAAGAAGUCUGGUGGAACUGGUGGGCCAUCCGCAGAAAGUCAGACACCAUGUGAGCUGUGUGGUCCAUGUCAACGUUUGAGAGGCAGAAUGCUGCUUCUGCGUGGGACUCUUGCGGUUGGAGUUCUGUUCUUUUACUUCAGCUCUGUGAAUGGGUUUAUCAGUGGGUUUGGGUCAAAACCAACAACCCAAAGAGAGUCAGAGUCAAAAGGAUGGGGCUUACCCUAUGUGGGAAAACUUCCAAAACUUUCAUCAUUUGGUUUGGGACCGUGGAGUCCUUUUGGUAAGGCUGCAGAGCCUUUGGUCACCAUGAAAAUUGUGAAUCCAACAAACUCAGAACCAAAUACACAAAACUAUACUCUGUCUACAGAGGAGUUAACCAGUCUAAAAUACCAGCCAACCACAACUGCAACUGAGGAAACUCCAAGUAGCACCGUCCACCUAGGCACCCUGCUACCUUUGAAAUCAGCAGAACUACCAACAAAUGACCUACUCAGGGACAACUAUCGACUGGAUAGAACUGAGCCUCCUUUUAAGUUUGAUUCAAACUUUGAUCUUGACCUCUGGCCUCCCCAUAAUUCCAAGAGCACAGAUGAACCACCACAGUACACAACACAAUCUCCUCAAACACCAACAUCCACUGCUCAACGUAACAGCACCAUGCAGACUAUAACGCUAAGACAAACAACAGAAACCAAGAGCCUGAACAGUGAUCAAACUAUACCCACAAAUGCUAGAUCAACAACAUCAAGAUCAACUACUUUAGUACAGAUGACAAAUUUCACAACAACAGCAGCCCCUAAGACUGAACUGUCUACCGAACCUUUGACGAGCACUGACGUCAGCACUGAACAACACACAUUGGGGACAAUGCAAUCUGCCUCAGAGUCAGACUGGACACCUACUGAACCCACUGAAAAAUCUUUGGAUGGGUUUCCAUGGGUGCAGCAAACUACAGGCCCAACAGAAGGGGGGAUAUUCCAAAGCAUUGGCCGAGAAUUCACUUCCAACCCGCCAGCAGGAGCAGGCGUUGCAUCGGAGGAAGCAGAUAAGGAAACAGGGAGGAGUGCUGAUGUGACAACGCAAACGCAAAGUGGUGAGCAGACAACAUCAGCAAGUGCAACGACUCUCAGGAAUACAGAAAUGCCCACAACACCGUCUGAGGACUGGCUGACAGACCUUACCCAAGAAUCUGCACUCCCAGACUGCAACGCAGAACAUUCAGGAAUCUGCAGUGACACAUGGCCCACCACUACUCUGAGCAACAGUACUAGCAAAAAUGACAGCGCAACCACCAUGUCCACCAACAUAUCUCACAGCCCCAUCACGUUUCAAGAACCACAUCUGUUUGUUGCACUGUAUUCUGAUUGGAACAGUGCCCUGGCAACAUGGGGUUCGGCGUGGGAAGCACACAUUUAUGGACUGGGCACUGUGUUCUGUCUAGUUGCCUUGGCCUCCACCCUGAACCUUCUCUGCCUGCCCCUUCAGUACCCAUCAGGUUGUGGCUACUUCGCUCUGGUCAGCCUCUGCCUUGUGGCUGCUGGCUGCACGAGGGCUUUUGCCCUAGUUUAUGAUGCCUACGGAUACCAGGAACGCAUAGCAUCCAAUGAAGCCUCACUGUUACUUUACGAGGCACCAUUCCCCUGCAUGACAGCCGCCUUCGGCUUAGUGUUCCUACUUCUGUCAAUGCGCUCCCGUAUGCAGCUUUCUUAUGCAGCCUUUCAAAGACCCUGCUUUCUAGCCUGCUUAGUGCUUCUGCACUUUGUUGCUGCAUUUGGCCCCGCUGCAUUACUCCAUGUUGACCAACAAGGAAAAACACAAUACCGGUUUCUAUGCUUGAUUUCCCGAGGUGCCUUUGUGGGUCUGGCGACUUUCCUGUCCACUGCAUAUUUUGUGUUCUACUGCUAUGUUCGUGCUGACUCCAAGCAUAUUUAUCAUCUGAACAACACAUCGCCAACACCGGCUGAACGUUACAAUCGUUGCCCGUUUGCGGAGAGCCGAGAUUGGGACCGCGCAGCAGCGGCGGUGCUUCUCUCAGCUGUCUUCUCUUUGGCUUGCACAGGGCUGCAGCUCUAUGCUAUGCUGCACGCCCUUGGCCUCGCUGGAAGCAUUGACGCCUUUCGGCCUUGGCCAUGGUGGACAUUUCAGUUCAGUUGCCGAGUUUGUGAGGCUGUGGUCUGCCUCACAUUGGUGCUGGUAGUUUCUCAGCCAGUCUACUGCUCUGAUCACCUUCCUCAACCAGGCAGUUGCUGGUCUGAACUUCUUGGAGCAAAGUCACCUAUUAUUCCUGGAAGCUACCAAUGGACUCUUUCCCAGCAGGAGAAGCUGGCCAUCUGCGAUCCAAUUGGGCACGGAGAAACAGAGUACCUUCCCUUGUACACACUGGUGGAUGAUCGUCUAGGCAGCUUGAAUGGCCUUGACCUUCUAUACCAUAGUAACCAGGCAAUGACCUAUAGGGACCUUGACAUAGACCUUUCCAACACUCAAACCAACACUGGUGCCCCCUCUGUGGGAUCAUCCUGUACCAGUGACUCCACUGCAGAUCUGCACCCUCCAUCACCUAUAAAUCUGCGCCGAAGCAUCGAUGAGGCACUAUUUAAUGAGUCUCUUUUUCCCAUGAGUCUCUUUAGCCCCUUACGACCCUUCACCUCUAGUGACCAUUCCCUGGAUGGUAGGGAGACCAGCUCCAGUGGUGCCCAAACCCUCAGAGACACUCAUACGCCUGAUCCAUGCCUAUACAGAACAUCCUCCUGUGUGGAGGUGCUACCACAGGCCCCGCUCCCUUCUCAAACCCAACAGGAUGGUCCUCCAUUGGGUUUUCCUCCAUCCCCAUCUCCAUCACUGUCAUCAUCCACUUGUUGCUCAACACCAGAGCACUGGCAAGGCAGCUCUAGUUCCUGCUCCCUCUACAGACAGUCUCUGGCUGGCUCCUCACUAGUUUUGUGCUCUACUCCAGAAGGACACCAUCUGCCACAAUCUACCCUUAGUGGUGGCUCAAACCACACUGCAACAUCUAGCCACCAAGUGGGCAGCUUGCAGAGAACCUAUAGAACAUUAAACUCACAAGAGAGUCUGGACCAGCAGUCAGAGUUUGACCAGUCAAUCCAAGAAGAGUUUAUCAGUGUGUGCAGACAGAUUGAUGCUCUUAGCAUCUGCAGUGAGACUAUUGACCUCUAGAGGGAGAUCUCAGCUUUCAUACACAAAAGAAUGAAAUGACAGAAGCCAAAAGACUGUGAUUUUAUGAUCAGCAUGUAAUGGACAGAUCAGGUGAUUUGAUGAGUCUGUUUGCCAAGGUGUCAAACAGAUUUGCUCUGUACUAAAUAAAAACAUACAGGCAAAUAUUUUGUGGACUAGAACUGUGCCAGAAAUUUCACUUUGUAAGGAUGUUUUUGGAGUAGAGGCAGUUUUCAUGUUUAAGGAUUCAGAAGUGCCAACGACUUUGCGAAGGCAGAUUUUGUACAAAAGUUCUCAAUUAUUGUUAAACAAAUUUGUAAUUGUAAAGCAUUAGUUUAAAAUUUUCUAUACAAUGCUAACAGUGACACAUACAUUUGUAAAAAAAAAAAACAUAAUAAUUCCCUGUCUAAACGAUUAAUACUGUCGGAGUGAGAAUUACUGUAAGACACAUACCUUAAAUGUUAGCAGAUGAAAAUGGUCAUUUAAAAAUUGGCAAGUAACCUGCAAAUCCAAGUUGGAAAUCAACUUCAGAGGUUUUGUGGCUUUUGUCUUCAGUUGCACAGAUAACUACAUGUCCCUGUGGUUUGUUUGCCAGAAUGCAUUAUAAUGUCAUUGAAGCCGAUUUAAUUUUGUUAAUUAAAAGGGACAAAAAAAGGAUGGAAGUGUUUCAGUACCCUCUGCUGGUAAUAUUAGGAACACACACACACCGAAGUCUGUAGCACAUCAUGAACUGAGCUAUAGAUUGCAUCUCUAUCCAUUUCUUGUGUAUACUUGAUAUAAAACUGCAAAUAAUAAUUUAUUUAUCGGUCAGGUUUUAGUUCAUGUUUUCAAUUACUCAAUACACUGUUAAUCAAUACAUAUUAAAAUUAAGAUUUUGUAGUGUGCAUGUUUUGAAACACUGUGUGAGAAACUGCUGAUACAUCUAAUGUUUGUGAUUAGAGGCUGUUGGAGAUUUUAAAUAA